AUGUCGUGAGGUUGUUGUUUGCAACAGUUCAGAUCAUUAAAAUAGAAUCCUGUCUAGUAUUGGUUUGGUGAGUCAGACCUUGGCACAGUGGUGUACAGAGAAAUAUGUUGGGAAUGUGUCCCUGUACCAUGUGAUAGUGCAGUCAUGAGGUCCCAGAACACAAGUGCAUAAAAACAAACAGUACCAGCAGCUGGUUGAGAACUGUCUGCUGAUAUCACUGCUGCUGUUACUGUUGAAAAUUAGAUUAGUGUAAAAUAAAUAAAACAUCACAAACGACUAUGGAAUAUGAUGUUUGAAUAUUAUAGUAACAUGGUUCAGACUGAGAAAACGUGACACUGUUAUGGUAUGAAUUGUUCCCCUGAAUCUUUUGCUUUCGUUUUAAUGAGAAAAAUAUUUAUGGUUUCAUUUGAAAUUCACUGCGCAUGAUGUAUGCCUUAACUUUCAACAGUUUAUAUAAAGUGCUUAAAAAGUUCGGGGAGAUGUGAGCUCAGCGAACCUAAAGUUGGAAGACGUGACUUCCUCUUGAUAAUAUAUAGGCGUCUGUUCCUAGUCUUAUAUUAACUCCUAAAAUAACUCCCUUCUCUUGGUGGUUCACAGCCUGUCGCUCUUUUUCUGUCACACUCUGAGUCACAGCCCCAAACUGCAGCCCUUCAGUGUGAGGUCACAAAGUUUUCUGAAUUUAAUUCUGCAAAUAAAAUGUGAAGAUUGUUACUACUGUGACCGAGCUGGGAUGUAUCUUCUGCAGAUGUGACGUUCAGACGGCUGCCCAGAGAUCAGCCAGUUGCCAGCGUGGAAGCUGGCAAUUCUGAAAUUUUCUGCUAUUUUUGGGACCAGCUGUGACAUUUAUCUGCAGACUGAAAGUCAUGAACUUACAGUUCGGCAUUGUGUGUGUGUGUGUGAGGAGUAAUCCUGCUUCCUGUCAUAAAAGAGUCAUAGCUGUGUGUGGCUAAUUCCGUAGAGUUCCGUCGAAUUCAAAGUAAAGAGGAUUGAGAUAAACCACGGUUAAUCAUGGUGAAACUGUACAUUUCAUUCACCGUGCACCGUGCGCUGCACUGAUUCUCAUCUCAUCCUGUUGAAUUAGGGACAGAUGGUCAAGGCCAUUUAUAUAAUGGUGAAAUGUCCUUACUGUAUCAGCAGACUUAAGCUGCAGGGUCAUAUUACUGAUGAGCAGAUAAACAUGCAUUAUGAGAGACGUCACGGAGCCUGCGGCGCAGACGAGCACAUGGAACAUGCUCAUUUUGACACAGCAGUGAUCUCUCCUCUUUCACCGAUUCAUUAGGGAUGUAUGAAAAUAUUACUGCACUGAAUAUAUCACUAAUACCGUCCAUCGUUGAAGGAUCAUUACUUUUUUUAUAUAGAUCAUCAAUGAAGUAAAUUAGUAUUACUGAAGGAUAUUUUUUCACUUUGUCCCACUCCGGCCUGGUACCAAAUGACCUACAGACAAGAUCCAGUCCCCAGACCGAGGGUUGGGCACCCCUGUUCUUACAGCACUGAAUCAAUGUUUUUUUAAAUGAACUAUUAACAUGCAAAUAUUCAUGACAUUGGCAAAAAAGCCCAGCGCUGAUACCAGUCAGUGUCCUGUCACAGUGAAAACACCGAGAGAUAAUGAUGGCGUGCAAGAAACAGACUUUGACUUUGUCACACGGAACAAUCAAAAGUGUAACAGGGCGACGAGAACCUGGAGGUGGUUAAAAUAAUGACGUACAUGUUCAUGGCUGCGUGCUCCAGAACCCACUUAUCAGAUGUGUGUGACUUUCUAUGACCUGCAGUAAUCUCUUCAUCUCUGGACCUAUCUGAUGCUCAUCCUUCUUCACUAUUUCCUUUUGGGGUUUUUUUUUUAUGCAGAAUAAUAAAUCUGUGCAUUAGUAUGAUAUCUUUACACCAUGAGACACCCACAGGUGGUGCUAAACUCCCAUUUUUCUACAGUUUCUACAUUUCUUUUAAAAAAUGUGUAUAUAUUAUUGUCAUAUUAAGAUGCACCAGUUCUUUUUUCUGAAGUUCUGCACAGCGUUUGGUGCAGACUUUUCAGACUUAACAAAAAGAUCUAGAUCUCUGCCGUCUAGGAGUGAUCACCAAGAAUGUUUCUCUCUGAUAAAAUCUCACGCACAGCAUGUACAGUAUUCACCUGGAAUAACACAACACAACACACACACACAGCUCUGCAUGUCACACACUUUUAUUAUCAUACACGGUUCAGUCAGGCAGCUCCUGUGGAUCACCUCUGUGUAGUAAAUUGAUGGAAAACAUCAUUUUGGGACUUUGAUGUCUUUGAAUUUAAAUAUUGUGAUGUCACUUCCCCUUGAUAAAUUUGAAACGAAACCUUGUAAGGUACUGUUGAAAGGUUCCCUGUUGUCCAUGUGAUGCGACAGCAGGAGAAUUCAAAGAGUGCCCAGGGCCUGGUGGGACUAAAGAAUCUCGGAAACACUUGUUUCAUGAACAGUAUCCUGCAGUGUCUCAGCAACACACAGAACCUGCGAGACUACUGCCUGCACAACUCACACCGCAGAGACCUUAACAACAACAGCCGCACCAACACAGCCCUGAUGGAAGAAUUUGCCACACUGAUGCAGACCAUGUGGUCAUCGUCCAGCAGCGAGGCUGUCAGUCCGUCUGAGUUUAAAACUCAGAUCCAGAGAUACGCCCCCAGAUUCGUUGGAUACAAUCAACAGGACGCCCAGGAGUUCCUGCGUUUUCUCCUGGACGGUCUGCACAAUGAGGUCAACAGGGUCACCGUCAGGCCGAGAGGCACCGUGGAAGACUUUGAUCACCUACCGGAUGAAGAGAAAGGGAAGAAGAUGUGGAGUAAAUACCUGGAGAGAGAAGACAGUAAAAUAGUCGAUGUGUUUGUGGGGCAGCUGAAGAGCUCUCUGACCUGUAGCCACUGUGGUUUCUGCUCCACCGUCUUCGAUCCUUUCUGGGACCUCUUUCCACCUAUUGCCAAGAAGGGCUACGGUGAAGUGAGUCUUAUGGACUGUAUGCGGCUCUUCACCAAAGAAGACGUCCUUGAUGGGGACGAGAAGCCGACGUGUUACAGGUGUAAAACCCGGAGGAGAUGCACCAAGAAAUUCACAAUACAAAAGUUUCCCAAGAUCCUUGUGCUGCACCUGAAACGCUUCUCUGAAGCGCGGCGAACCAGCAAACUGUCCACAUUUGUUAACUUCCCCUUGAAGGAUCUCGACCUUAGGGAGUUUGCAUCUGAAAACAGCAUAAAUGCAGUCUACAACCUGUAUGCAGUGUCCAAUCACUCAGGCACAACGAUGGGCGGUCACUACACAGCUUACUGUCGCAAUCCCAACACGGGAGAAUGGUACACCUUUAAUGACUCCAGAGUAACGCCAAUGUCCUCCAGCCAAGUGCGCAGCAGUGACGCCUACGUCUUGUUUUACGAGCUGGCUUCCUCUUCGCGGAUGUGAAGAUACGUAAAAAGAUGCUAAACCGUUCUGACUAACGUAAGGACGGAUGGAACAUGCAAGCGUCCGUGGAGUCAGGGCCUACUUUGGACUUGUGUUUGGACAAAUACGUUACAGCCUAGUCACACAGAUGAAGGUACACACCACUAACCAGCCUGGAGGCUGCUGCUCUCCACACAGAGAGACAGAGGAGCGGAACGCUCUGGAAUCCACAGGAACCUGAUCAACCAGCCCUGUUCUCUCUCUCUCUCUCUUUCUGUCUCUCUGAUACUGUUCAGACCUGGUCUUAACAUUCACCCUCAGUAAUCCAAUUACAUGUGGACAUUUGCAGUGGAGUGUAUAUGGAAACUUUGGGUCAUUGAUUUUAUUUCAAAUAAUAAAAAAAACUCAACUAAACCCAAGGAUUAGUGAUUAACCAGUGGAUUAAAGAAUGGCCACUGACAGUGAGGUCUGAGCCAGUGGUUAAUCACAGUAGAACAGGCCAGGAGAAGAACACAGCGGGCUGAACUCUUUAGAACCAAGCUGAAAGUUUUACUGUACAAAACAUACUGUACAGAAAUCACCGCAGUCUGUUGGAGUAAAUAAAACACAAGGAAGAAACCGUGAGAACACUGUUAAUGAUCUUAGUAUUAAUUCUUCAUUUUAAUUCUGUGACCAGUCAGUCUUCUCUGAAGCUCGGCUCUAAUCCUGCUCCAGUUCCUCACCGCCUCCGAGUCUAAAUACUGGAGGUGGAGGGAGAGCCGCUAACAGCUGAGUUAGAAGAAGCAUGGAGAUCUAUAGUAUAGAUCUAUAGAGAAACAGAAAGUGACCCAAGUCUGCAAGUGCGGGUUUUUGUGUUUCAGUCUACAUUAAAUACAGGGUGAUGACAGGUGUGGUGUGUUUUUUAUGUAUUUGUGUUUCCAUCCUUGUGUUUUUUUUUGUUUUUUGUUUUUGCAAUGCAACAGCCCUAAUUUAUAGUCACAUACUCAUACACAUACUUUCUGAUGGUUUCAGUUGUUACAAUUGUAGUUUUUCUUUUCUAACAGUGUACAGUCUAACUCAUUAAAAACAACCAUGCUAUCAGUGUGGCUGUUUCAUCAGCCUGAUCUGGUGUGUCACUGUAAAGCCUGGUGUGAACACAGUACAGCACUGUCCUCAUGUUAAAACCAGGUCUGAACUCUUUCUGUCUUUACUCUGGUGCACUGUUCCCUCUGAGUGGAGGUGUGUGUUUAAACUACGCGUGUGCGAGUGUGGGUUUGUGUGCAUAUGGGUACAAGGCUGACACAGGGUUGUGGGUUCACACCUGACGCUGUAUCUGUCUCCAUCUCAGAAGUCCCUCUCUAUGCAGUUGCAAACCAAACUCUUUUGACUGCGCCUUUACUUUUUUCCAUCCUGCCGCCUCACUCUAAACUGACUCUUGGCUUUUUUUCUCUGUUUUUGUUUUGACUUUGUUUUUUUUUUUGUGGGGGGGCGGGUAGAGGUCUUAUCAUCAUAAUCACUACUUUGGACUGUGAAUAACCCUGUGCUUAGAGCGCAACUGUAACAGAACAGCUCAGCGGCCUGCACGGUUAUGUUUCUUUUGUUUUGAUGGCUUUUUCCCUUCCACUGUGCUGCAGCAACACUCCUGUGUCUCUUGUUAGCGUCUGUAUCACUCACUUUUUUUCUUCUCUCAGUGGUUGGGAGGCCAGUGGCACUGUGAGCCUCAACUUUGUGCUUUAUUUAACUUGUUUCUCCCACGUGUGGCUGCUACUGACAUUUUUAAAGUGCUGUGAACGGACAAAUGGACGAUCCACCGAGGGUUAACGAAAUGAACAACGGUAACAGUAAAACCGUCCUCGUCGUCGACGUGGGGUUGGUCUUUUCUUCCUCUCUUGUUUCAUGCCAUUGAACAACACGAGAAGAAUGUUUUAAAGAAGAAGAAAAAAACACUAUAUCUGUAUAUUUUUAUAUUCUGAUGCAAUAUAGAGAAUGUACUAUUAUUCAAUGGUGCUGAAAAUGACCCGUAACUGUUUUCAGUUGGUUUAUUUACCAGGUUUCAAGAGAGAAAAAAAAGUGAUUAUUUAUGCUUACAGGUGAUGAGUAUGAUGAGUCACACUUUUUAACAGUGGCAGUCAAACACAUGAAUAUAUAAAUAUAUAUAUAUACCUAUAUGAAUAUAAAUAAAAGUCAACAGACAGUAA